CAUCAACAGACAUCGUAUAGAAGCACAAUGAACCGCGGCAUAGGCCUACCAUCCUGGUGAUAAAGUUACCCAUUUCCUGUUCCUUUAACCACUCAUCGUCUCAGGAACACUUCCAAACUUGAUGAGCGUCCAAACCACAUUCGAUCACAGUGUCAAUCUUUUUCUACAAAAUAGUCAUUCCCCAACAGAAAAUUCUGUUCUGUUGACGUUGCUUCUUCUGCAAUCCUCCUCGUAAGCAAUAACGGCCUUUAAAGCGAAAUUUCGACGAAUACAUUGAGGGUCAAGGACCUACCGGAAGAGACAAAGGGGCGAUACUCGUGAAAGAGCACCACCGCAAGUCACCAUGUCGAUUAAGCUAGCAUUGGCAAAAAUUAAAAAAGUCAGCUCAGAUAGCGAAUUGGUAUCACCCCGCCGGAGCAUAGCUCAAUUCAUGCAUGGCCGCGACUUCGUAUACUCGAGCGAUGACACAAGCGAAGAUAGCGAGUCCAUGAGCCGAAAGGAGCUUAGACGUGAAACACGACGGAAAGCGAAAUCACAAUCCCGUUCUCGAGCGAGUGAAGAAUCCAGUUUUGAUCUUGUGAGGAAGAAAGAGAGAGAUGAACAAGCUGCAAAGGAGGAAACUGAUGAGAUGCGGGCGCGAUAUGGGGAUUUGCCCUUUAUGCAAUCACGGGAUCGCCCACGACAAACCCUCGCCAAAUUUGAUUCAAUCACUCCCGACAUGGCUGGGCAGGAGAUCACUUUUCGUGCGCGCCUUCAUGUCGUUCGCCGCAUGGGACAGAAGUUGGUUUUUCUCGUUUUCCGUCAGCAAGUGAUCACUCUACAAGGCGUCCUUACCGAGAAGAAGGGAGAGAUAUCUAUUCUUAUGAUUCAGUGGGCAGAGCACAUCCGGGUUGGCUCUAUACUCAAAGUGAAGGGGGUGAUCCGAAAACCAGAAGUUCCCGUCAUUGGGACAACUAUGCAUGACCUGGAGGUACAUAUCCAGGAAAUCCAUGUCAUCGUCCGAAGAGAAGAGCCAAUCCCAUUCAGCGUCUAUGAAGCCGAACUCCCAGCAGUGGAAGAGGAAAAGAUCGAAGGUAGACGUACACGAGUGCCGGACCGGACAAGAUUAUCGAAUCGCAUCCUUGAUCUUCGGACAGACACGUCCCAGUCAAUUUUCCGCAUUCAGUCCGUAAUCUCUUCAUAUUUCCGUUCCACGUUGGACUCAAUGGGCUUCAUUGAGAUACACACACCAAAGUUGCAGGGCGCAGCGACCGAAUCGGGGGCCAGCGUUUUCAGCCUUGCGAAACAAAUGGCUAUCGCUUCGGAUUUUGAGCGAGUCUACGAGAUUGGAGCAGUCUUCCGCGCGGAAAACUCCAAUACCCAUAGACACUUAACUGAAUACACGGGUUUAGAUAUCGAAAUGGCGAUUGAGGAGCAUUAUCAUGAAUCUCUGGAAGUCAUUGAUCAAGUGAUAAAAAAGAUCUUCGAGGUAAUUUAUGGCAAGCACAGACGAGAGGUGCAGCUCAUCAAGCACCAAUUUCCCUCUGAGGAUCUGGUCUGGCUGGACAAGACCCCCAUCAUCACGUUCUCCGAAGGUAUCAGGAUGCUCAACGAAUCUGGAUGGAGAACUGAGGAUGGGAAAGAGCUCUCAGACCUGGAAGAUAUUUCAACUCGCGACGAGAUUCGACUAGGUGAACUAGUCAAGGAGAAAUACCACACUGACUAUUACAUCAUGGACAAAUUCCCCGCGUCCGCUCGACCUUUCUACGCGAUGCCUGACCCAAAUGAUAACAGAUUCACGAACGCGUACGAUAUUUUUGUACGAGGUCAAGAAAUCGUAUCUGGUGGGCAGCGUAUUCAUAAUCCAAUCAUGCUUGAAGAGCGUAUGAGGCAAAUGGGUGUCGAUCCUGCCUCCAUGGAAGAAUAUAUGGAAGGAUUCCAAUGGGGUGUACCUCCUCACGCCGGUGCUGGUAUUGGUUUGGAGAGAAUGCUGAUGUUAAUUCUGAAACUCGGCAAUAUACGACUUGCUUCAAUGUUCCACCGUGAUCCCAAGAGCUUCCCGGCUCAAGACCAACCAAUGGUUCUAAGACACCCGGAAGCAUCCACGCUUCACCCUCCAUGGGAAAGUAAUUCGACAUCGGCGAAUGAGGCUCCGCUAAUCGAACGAAAGUUCCAGGAACUCGCAGACCUUAUUGCAAAUUACGGCGAUGCCACCUCCACGUCUUGGUUCGAUGAACGAUUUCAGGUAUGGAGGGACGUCAAUACUGGCGCCGCAGUUGCCUACGUACCCAUCAACGGGUACGCUAUCAUCGCAGGAAAUCCACUCUGCGAUGUUUCACAGUACCCAAAAAUUGUACCACAGUUCCUCCGCUGGCUCAAGAAGGAGACUCGACUAAAACCCAUCUGGAUCCUCUGCUGCCUCGAGGUCGAAGAUAUCCUCGGUGAAAAGCUGGGCUGGCGGAGCCUUUCCUGCGUUGCUGAAGAACGAGUCGAUCCGCUGCACAAUCAAGCCGCGUCUGACGGUGAAAUAGCCCGCAAGAUUCGCCAAGCUGAGAACAACGGAGUAAAAAUCACCACUUUCCAGUUCGGCCAGUCAAUACCUGGGAAGCUCCAGGAGAGAAUCGACAAGCGAAUUCAUGGCUGGCUUUCCAACCGCAAAGGAACGCAAAUCCACCUCUCUCACAUAAGGCCGUGGCGGGACCAACGGCACAGACAGUAUUUCUAUGCUACCGACCGCGACGGCAAUAUCUGCUCCUUUGUUACGCUUGCACAGCUCUCUCCCAAAAACGGUAUGCAAGUCAAAUAUAGCUUGGACUUCCCUGGUUCACCUUCCGGCUCCAUCGAGUAUAUCGUCACGCACGCUAUUCAAACAGCGGCUAAAUCGGGAGUCAAAAUGCUUACUUUCGGCGGUGGCGCAACUGCGACGUUAACUCCAGGGCACAACAUCAGUAGUACAAAGGCAAAAAUACUAGCGACAACGUAUGAAGCUAUCGUGAAGCAAUUUAAGUUGAAUAGAAAAACGGAAUUUAGGGCAAAACUGGGUGCCCAUGAGGAUCCGGUUUAUAUUGCAUACCCGAAACACGGACUGGGGACGAAAGGAAUCAGAGCAGUUCUGAAUUUCUUUGAAGAUUGAUUUGACACUGUGCUUCUUUUUUUUCCCGCAAAGUUAAUAUUGUGUCCUAUUUUGCGCUGUCAGUAAGAAUGCUGGAGUUUUUGUCAAUGGAUAUCCUUCUUUUAAUACAUUUUCUGAUACCUGUUGAUAAAAUUUGAGGCGCCCUUGGAUUAUGUCUUUGAUAUGUAUAUAUAUUCAUUCACAGCCUAUGUAAAUAGAGAAUUUGAUAUUUUCGCAACUCACGAA